AUGAUUUAUGUUUAUGCAGUACGUUCACAGUCUAUGGCGGAAUUUGUGCUUUAUGCUUCCAAUGACAGUGAACUGGUCCGCAGGAAAAUUCGCACGGGCUGUCGUCCUCUCAUGACCACACCACAUCAGGUAAUAACAGGUGCACUAAAUAGAGGAGAGAACGUUUAUGCUACCGGAAAUGUCGACGGAGUAACAUUUAUAGUAUGCGCGGUUGGCUCAGAUGUAGUAAUUCUCGGAGCUGACUUCUCUAGAGUACAGAUCAUCCCUGGAUGUUCGCAUCAUACAGAACGACUGGUAACCAGCGUGAGCUGUUGCCAAGAGUCGGGCAAGAUCGCGGCCACAUACGGUAACAUUAUCCGAGUCUUUGAACCAACUAAUGUUGCUUCUGACAAGGGUAAACCUAAUUUCAAUUACCAAUGGGUUGAAACGCAGUGUUUUACGGUCAAAGAACAAGUAAAUGCUGUACUUUGGAACAUGGAAGGACAUCGAAUGACUGUGGUGAUUGGUGAUGAGCUGUUCCUUUAUCAGCAUCGAAGUUUGAGUAACGCGACGAAAUCGGGAACUAGUGCACCUGUUAUGUUUUCCAUUUCGGAAGACGACGAAUCACAAGACGCUUGUAACUGGGAUAUCGUUUGGUCGGUACAGCUGGCACAACAUCCGAAGUACAUAAAAUUCUCUACUGAUGGCCAAUUUUUGGCUGUGUCUGGAGAGAAUGACUAUCUUGUGAAGAUCUUCUAUCAGGAGUCAGCAGAACAUGAUAGCCGAGAUCAGCUCAGCUUUGGGUUCGUCACAUUGCAUCAUCCGGCACCAGUUCGUGGAUUGGAAUGGAGACGAGCAAACAAAUACAUGUAUCAAUGCUUCAGGAGUCCCAUGCCAGCUGCGUUAAUAACUUGGUGUGAAGACAAUACGUCUCGAAUCUGGAAGGAAACACCAGCGCCUGAGCUAGCAAUGAUUGACUUGAGUGGAGAUGGAGGUGAGCCAUCCUGGGAAAAGAAUAGACCGCGCAAAUUUUUUGGCAAGCACUUCCGUGUCAAGAAGACAAGAAGCAAGAUUAUCAAUAAGCUUAAAGGGAUUGUACCGGAGAAAAAACGGAGAGGUGAAGAGCCUCCUCAUGCUCUGGGGCUGCGGGCACAGAUUGGAAAGAGUCCUUCUUUCAGCGACCUACAAUCUGGGCAACAUUCGUACACCAACAUACAGUUUCACUUGGCUGCUACCAUCAAUGCAGAAACAGAUUGUAUGCUUGUUCCUUCAAUGGAAAAUGGUGGGGUUCUGCAGAAGCCGUUAUGUGUUCAUUGGCUGAACAACAAGGAGCUCGUCUUCAGUAUUGGAGCAGACAAGCUACUCGCCGAAACCCUCAUCUCAGAAAGUGAUUCGAGAUCAGCAAACGUGAGUCCUUGCGAAAAUACUGAGAGCGAGUACAGCCCCUCAUCACCCAAUUCGCACUCCGAAAAAGCGGAAUGGACAAAUAAUAACUUUGGCAGCGUAUGUUCGGAUACACCCUCAUCGAAAAACAUUUUCGAUAUGAAAAUGGAAAUUUUACUGAGGCAGUGGGCCAGGUCAAGCGAUAUCCUGUUUACGGUACAUCCUGUUGAUGGCUCGCUUCUUACAUGGACCGUUGAAUGGCUGGAUGAUUUACAUCGGCAACCUACCGUAUCCUUUACAUCAAGGUUUCCGGCUGCUUUUCCUAUCACCGAUGCCUCUUCGCUUCAUCCGACGCUAAAUACAUUCAACCCUCACGUGCCCAUGUAUUUCGAUAUGAUAAGAGGAGAGGAAGGGCGCGACGGAGAUAUGUCUUUGAAUGAUCGUCUGUUAGAAAGGAGGAUCUCAAAUACUAUUCAUUUACUUACUAAUCACGAGAACGGCUCACUUAAUUUGUGGCAUAUGGUUGUAGACGAAAAUAGUGGUUUUGCCACAAUUCUCAAUAUCACUCACAUUUCACGCAUGUGUGGUCAUCGUUUCCAAAUAAGCCAGGUUGUCGCGCAUCCAGUUCUUCCUCUCCUUCUCACGACAUCACAAUUUCGAACUACUCAAUUUGAUAAUGCCGAGAAGCGAGCGUUAUCCGAAGUGAUUCUUUGGAAGAUCUCUCCUGUGGGUCCUUUGUGCAAAAGUGGCGGAGUGAUAGAGCUUGCACGUGUUGCCAGUCCUCUUCGUGCAGGGUUCGAUUGCUUGGGUUGGAUACCUGUCAUUUUACCCAGCUGUACCCUCGGAACUGUAUGCAAUUCACCUUCAUCUUGUUUUAUUGCUAGCGAUGGUCGGAAUCUGGUGAUCUAUCAGGCUGUUGUAGAUGCACGUGGACUUCUUGCUGAGAUAUACAACUCUACUAGGCAAAGUGAAGCUCUCAAUGAAGAGUUGCCUUCCACUUUAUCGCCACAAAAAUUUCCCAAUGUUGGGCUUCUCCAACAGUUCAAUGUGGUUUCCACGCAAUCAACGGCAAAGCCUGGUUGUGUACUAGAAGUUGGGCAGAUCACCGAAGCAGUUUCGACAGAGUCGGAGCUUAUUUUGCUGCACGUGUUUCCUGAACGCCUUGUAAUUGACGAUGCUGAGACUACCCGCGAAGAAGGUCAAUCUCGCAUGGGAAGUGUCGUGGACCGGAGUAAAGUUGCAGUUUUCAACGACCGAUAUUUUGUAGUUAUGGUUCAGCGAGGGCCUGAAUAUGAAAGUUUCGUGAUGUAUUCUCUGCUAAUCUCUUCUCAAUAUCCUCAGCCAAUCUCUCAGAUGGGUCGUGAAACUCCUCACGAUGAAAACGGGUUUUCGCAGACGUCAUUCCAGCCCUCCGUUGCUAAGUUAUACUUCAAGAGUGAAAAAGUUUGCGAGCAGCAGAUUCCUCUUCCUGGUGGUGUUCAUGUCACCUCCGCUGUGCCAGCUGCUGGACAUCUUCCUUCUUCAUCUUUGUAUCCUGCCUGCCAAGCUCCUUUCGUUUUGCUUACCAGCAGCGACGAUGACGUGGUACGAUUUUGGAGAUGCAUUGAUGCUGAACCAGGAUCAGUUUUCAAGUACGAAUGGAAAGAGUGGAAUAUGAUUAGCGAUAAUCGGCCCAGCGAACUCGAGCUAGAAGGUGAGAUCUUAUCUGUCUCUGCUGCUCACAGCGGAAGAAUUGCCUGCGCCUAUGAUCCUAAAUCAGGUUAUAUGGAGGAAACACAUAACGUUGCUGAUGUGGAAAUAGGUGUAUUCGAAUGCGAGUCCUCUGGUGGUGUAGAGUGGAUGAGGGAGGAUACCUUCAAUCUGAAGAACGUCCGCAUCCCUGACAUAUCCACUAUAACCUGUAUGCCGUCACCUCUAGUUGAACCUUUGGCUGAGCUUUCGACGUCACCGCGUACGGAAUCCUUACUCCUCCGCUUGCGUUCGAGUUUCCGUGGACCGUCUGAGGAUCUCAAACGCGCUGUCGGCAAGGCCCCAACGAAGAAUUGUUGUGAGCAGUCUACCAUCAAGAACAUGGUGCGAUUGGAUUGGGUUUCUACUGAAGACGGCUCUCACAUCCUUACUGCCGGAAUCGCCGCGACUAUUUACAUGUAUACACAGAUGUCCCUCGAUCCUGCACAACAAAAUGUGGCUUUGAUGAGAGAAAGUGAUACCAGUAUGAGGCGCCCAUCGCUUAGGAAAGCUUCAUCUCUCGUCGGUCAUGCGCAUUCUUACAGUCGCCUGACUCGCUGGGUGUGCACAAGAGUGCUUGAGUUACAAUCGGCUGAUGGUUUGCCUCCAGUGCCAACAACACUAGGCUGGGCUCGAGAUGGUUUGCUCAUCGUUGGAAUGCAAAGCGAGAUGCGCGUAUACAACCAGUGGAAUCUUCAGCGGCGAGGCAAUGAGCCGGCCAUGACUCAUCGCGAAACAACCAAUCCACAAAUGCUCACAUUGGCUAUCUCCCAAUCGCACUCAAUGCUCGAUCAACUUCAGAAGAAGAAAGAGAUGACGCCGUCCAAAAGCAGAUUAUUCCUAGAUUUAAUGAACAAGUAUUCAAAUAAGGACUCGAACUCUUCAAUGGUCUUAGAUGCACUUUCCGGAGAGGGCCUUUUUGAAGCUGCUCGCUUAUCUUCUCCAAUUUUGCCUCAGUAUCAUCCAAAACAAUUGAUUGUUCUUCUCAAUGCUGGGAAAACUAAAAGAGUGAAAGCGAUUCUCCUCCAUGUUCUUGCUGUCCUAAAGCAGCGAGAAGUCGUCAUGCAUAAUCCCUUGUCUCGAGCCGCGUCUAUGAGGCGGAUGUCAACGGUUGAAGGUGUAGACGAUGGUGUCACAGAAGGAGUCACGGGACGUCCCAUCAAUUUUGAGGAAGAUUCUCCAGAUUACAAUGAAAUUGACGAUAUCGCUCUGCUACCUUUACAUGCUUUGGUUACGGCUGACACUGACAGAAAUAAUGAAAGCGGAGAGAAAGCAGAGGCAUUCGGCGGAAAUGACACUCCAAAGUACGAUUCUCUAUUCUCGGCGGACAAACUUGAAGAUAGCGAUCUGGAUGAAAUGUUACGUGAGACGGAUUCAACUGGACGUUCUCGUAAUCCCUCCACAUCAAGCGAUCAUAUGCAGGACGACCUUGUACCGGUUGUGUUUACUGCUCGUCAUAAUAGACUGCUGACAGAGUUGUUAACGCAUACGCAUCUACCUGGAUUAUCAAGUGUCGAUCAAAUGCACUUGCUCGCCAUCGCAGAUACGCUUAGUCACUUUACCACCGAUGUUAUGGAUAAGUUAACACAGGCUAAUGCAGCCAUGCAACCAGCAGUGCCAUCCGUUCUUGGUGAUGCUACUGCAGGAGGCUACGCAACAGCCGCAUCUGGAAUAGAGACUGUUGACGAAUGUGGGCUGCGUUACUUGAUGGCCAUGAAACAGCAUGAAUAUCUGCUAGUCUGCUUACCUAUGAAACAAAGAAUGGAGUUGAAGAAGGUUGGGCUUGCUUCAUCGGACAUCAUCUGGGCUCAGCAUUCCGAGACGGAAACGGAGCUGUUAAACGCAGUCCCUGGCCUGCAGAAGUCAAAUCCGACAUGGGAUGAGUUGAGAAGCCUUGGUGUGGCUUGGUGGUUGAAAAAUACGGCUAGCCUCAAAAUUUGUGUUGAAAAGCUUGCAAAGGCCGCAUUCCAACAAAAUCAAGAUCCAAUGGAUUCUUCGUUAUAUUACCUAGCUCUCAAGAAAAAGAACAUCCUGACUCAUCUGUUCAAGACCGUACGUAAUUCGACAAUGGCCGAAUUCUUCAUGCAAGAUUUCAAUGCUGAGCAUUGGAAGAAGGUAGCUGCUAAGAAUGCCUUUGUAUUAAUGAGUAAGCAGCGAUUCCACCAUGCUGCUGCGUUCUUCUUGCUCAGUGGGAGUCUCAAGGAUGCUAUUCAGACGAUACUGUGCAAAUGCCAUGACUUGCAAUUAGCAAUGGUCGUGCUGCGGUUGUAUGAGUCAGAUUUUGAUGCCCAACAGAACAUGCUCAAAGAAAUGCUUUGCCGUGAAGUUUUGGGCCAGUCUUCAGAGGAGUUUGAACAAAUGCGUGGGAACGUGGAGGACGACAGCACUCUCAGUCCCGGUGCAAACAAAGAUCCAUUUAUUCGUUCCAUGACGUACUGGCUUCUGAAGGACUACUCGAGGGCAGCGCAUACUCUAGUUCAGGAGGCACAUAGAGAUCGAGCAAGUCUUCGCACCAGUCUUUCGGACAUAUUUAACUUCUAUUCAUAUCUGCGUAGACAUCCUCUCGUAGUGAGGCAGAGGCUCACCGAUGCUGGUGCACAGGUUGGCUCAACAGAGCAGUUUUUGGCCGUUGGUAAGCAACAUGAGGCAUUUGUUACACCGUCGGAACGAAGAUUAUACUUCCGAACCGCUGCUGAGCACAUGGCUCAUGGCUGUCCUAUGCUUGCGUUGGAUGUUUUGAGCAGACUGCCUAAGAAUAUCAGCAUGGUCAAAGAUGGAUCGCUUAGAACUCUGUUGGCGGGAAAUAGUUUGUCCAAAAAAGGCGGCGAGACGGUCAAUGUGGAUUGGAGCAAACCUACGGAUGUUAUAACUAAAGAUGAACUGUCGUUAGACUGGAGCGAUGACGAUGAAGACUUUGAUGAGUAUGGUGAAAAAGUUGUCAAAGAAAAUAAGACCAAUGGAAUAGCACCAACUGCAGUACCUGCUAUCGUGACAGAGCGGAGUCCCAGUUCAGAAGUCAGCGUCGGGACGCCCGAUGUCAUCGCACAACAUCUGAAAUUUGUGGCAUCGUUACGAAUUCUUACUGAGGAACUAUCUACAUUAGCAAGUGGAUUUGAAGUGGAUGGAGGACAGCUGCGUUUCCAGUUGCUGAUUUGGUUGGAAAAAGAGGUGGAAGUCCUGAAAGACCUUUGUGAUUACCGGUCCACUUCGGAGAAUUAUAACGAUGACACCGAUGAUGAGCUAGAAAUGGAUUCAGGCUGCGAAGGUAGUACUGCUCUUCAUGAAGCUAUCAGGAAUGAUCGUGCCGACAUUAUGCUAAAACUGAAAUCAUUCACAUCCUUUUGCGCAUUACAUUCUGCUCAAAAUCAUCGUCUCACUUCUGCUCUUAUGGAACUCUUGCUGCUGUUGUUGGAAGUACAGAAGGAUACCGGUGUUGCUCAUCUCAGUGAGCCAGUUCUUGACGCCAAUUCUUUCCCUCUUCUGGUUGCAUCAGUCUCUUCGGCAAAGAUGUUUGUUUCUUCACCAAUGUCUUUCAUUGAAAAUCAGUGCUAUGAUCUUCUUUCGACCAUUGCUGAUCUCUCCAGUGUUCCUGAUGUUGACAAGCAUGUGCAGAAGGCCUACAUGUUAUAUAACCUUAGCCAGGGUUUGUCAUCGUGUCUUUAUCAAUCAUUAUGUGAUUUGGACCAGUUCCCAGCCAUGGCUAGUUCUGAUGCGAAACUUGGUGCUCUUACGCGAAGAACUCGUGUUUCGACUGUUACGGAUGACAUUAGGGUAACAACGCCGCCUUGUCGAUGGCCGGGUGUGGACAACUUGGUGGCAUUAUUGAUUCGGGAAAAGGAUGACGAAGCUCCUCACCUGCGGCAGCUUUUGGCAGAAUGUUUUGUCGCAAUAACAAUGUCGUUGUUCUGUUUCUCAUUAGCUGUUUAUGAUUCGCGAUGGUUGUAUCGAUUAUCUGCUCAUCAGCUGGAUGACGUACAGUUCUCUUUGAUAUUUGGCGGGGGAGGCGAGAAGAAACUGAAGGCUAUACCACCGAUGAGACCACCGCGCCCGUCCGCUCGUCCGAAGAGACCUAGCGAGAGUUCUGCGGUGAAUUCUGAUGCGCAAUCGCUCCGGUCAAAGCUUCAUGCAAAGGUGUUUGGAGCAGAGGCUCCACCCUCAGGUAUACCAAGCGUACGUUCUUCUUCAGCGCUUGAGCAAACUGUGACCAAAUGGGUUCCACCGCAAAAGAAUAUCGUGCAAUUUUUUGCUGACAAGCCUUCUUUAAAUACUAAAGACAGCUUUGGUGUCGAUUACGACUCGGAUGAUGACUCGGAUGAGAGCAGUGAGAGUGAUAUGGAGGACGACAGAUGCGAAAACGUGAAUCCUACGUCAUAUGCCUGGCAGUUGCUCAGGCUCGCUCUAGUCGAACAGCAGAUCUACAGAAUUAGACAAUUUCUGAUGCUUGCUGGCUUUGAUCCAAACGAUGUCCCCGCUCUAGCUCCGCGGGUCGAAGCUGUACUGCGCCUCCUCGAUGGGUGGUCUUUGCAGUUGCGCCACGCUCUCCAGACCUAUCGCGGUGGUUGCCCGAUUGACUUGCUGCCGAAUAUGACUCUGGAUCUCAGCGAAUCGCAUACCAUCACAUCGAAGAAGUACGCUGUUGUCACAGAAAAGAAUAACACCCCUUUUGAGUCCGAGGAUCCUCGAGCUGGUCCCCUUCAGCGAUUAUGGUCGUACAUGGUUCAUCAAGAUCAUCUUCAGCAUUUGUUCGUUAGACAUAUAUUUGCAGCACAAGGACAGCAAGAGCAGCCACCCGAACGCAAUGAUACUCUAGCCGGUAUUGAAAAUCAGCCCCUUCCAGACGCUUUCAAAAUCAUUCAGAAAGACAAUGAACCAAUUGUCGCCUUCGCUUGUAACCAGGAAAAGCCUGGAUGGUUAGUAGUCUCCACAGGACGAGAACUACAGGAGAUGGACAUAUCUGGGAUAUUUGAAGAGUCCAGUAAUGCAGCAUCUUGGCUAUACAAUCGAACGGAGCUAGAUAUGAACCUGAUAACAACUCGCCGUGAUCCGCUGAAAGAGAAUGAUGAUUACCAGCUAUUCACUGAAGGCACACAACAAAAUCAAGGGCCCAAAACAGCGACCAUGAUGUUCAAAAGAACGAUCAAUGGGAUUCGGAGGAUAGACUCGCACCCGACAGCGCCAUUCUAUGUGACCGGCUCUUCGGACGGCUCUAUCAGGGUAUGGGAAUGGAGUGUUGGACAGCCCGUCUACACUGCUCGUGUCGCUGGGCAGCAUGCCAAGGUGGCUAAGAUAUCCUUUUCUUGCAAUGGCAAUAAAUUCGCAGCUGUUGAUGGAGAUGGUCUGAUGUGUCUGUGGCAAGCCAGCCAUUCUACCGAACACAAGAAACCCUUCUUUAGUCAAAGAUGUCAUAAUAAAUCAGCUUCGGAUGUGAGAUUUGUUGGACAUAGUUCUUCUGUAUUGAUAACGGCAGGCGCCUCAUCUGGAGAGUUCAACCUCGGUCUUUGGGAUACGUUGCUGCCGCAGAGUCGAGCCUUGGUUCACUCUUGGGUGGCGCAUCCUGAAGGAGCUACAGUAGCCAUGUAUAUACCCAACCAGCAAACAAUCGUGUCCGGUGGUCGACACGGCGAAUUAUGCUUGUGGGACAUACGUCAACGUCAACUGCGUUCAACUAUCAAAGCAUUCGAGUCUCAUCAAAUUGUGAAGGCUUUGGUCACCGACAAUGCCCAAGAUCUGAUAGUAGCCGGGUCAAGUGACGGUGAUAUAAAGAUAUGGUCCGCUGACCUGAAUCCGCAGUUAAUGUACUCACUUCCUGGUGAACAUGCGGCCAAAGGUGGAUUCUCUUUCAGACAAGGUAUGCUAGUACUUGAGCAUUGUUCAUGUUUAGUUGCGCAAUCGACGGUACAAGGUGUGCAACAGCUCUAUAUUGACCAACAAUUGCGACUUUUCUCUUGCGGUGCAGACGCUAGUUUGAAGUUCCGAACUCUUCCUUCAGUGUAUAACAUGACACAUCUUGUCUAG